UUGGAAUGGUCCUGUCCUGUCCAAUGAGAACAUAAGUGAUAUUUUUGAUUCUCAGCCGGUUAGCCACGUUGCAAGUCUGUGCUACGAGUUCGUUUGCUUACUAGCUAACUAACUUACCAGUUUGUAUUUUUCCCUAGCUACUUAAUCAAAAACCCUAGGUACUUUCGUUGGCAAAACUUGCACUAGCUAAGACGAUGGUAAGUUGGUUAAAACGUUUCAUUUUUGUGUUAGCUAUACUGUUGCUAACGUUAGCAAGCCAUCUUAUGUUAGCCAGAGCCAAAGGCUCUGACGUUAGGUAGCUAACUACACAACACAGUUAACUAGUUGUGGCAAAGAUACUAGCUAAUAACUAACCCAGGGGUGUAUUCAUUAUGCUGAUUAGGUUACAAAACGUUAAUUAAACGGGGAGGGACCCUAGAGACUGAGUCCUCUCGAGGCCGUAAGGAAGUAUUAGCAUGAGCUUCAACCAUUUGAAUGUAGUCAACUUAAUCGGUAAACGGUUUCCGUAAUGAAUACACCCCUGUUUAUCUGUGUGGCGUGCUUUUUCACUGUUUUCUAGCUUGCUGUAUUGAUUGGUUUGACUUUAUCGUUACAAUGAAUUUCUCAAUUCUUUCUCACUUUUGUAAACUAGUUUAAGCUAGGCUAUAGUUGGCUAGCUAGUUUUGCUAAAGUUAAUACGAUGUAACCAAGGAAUAUGGAAACCAGGGAAAACAUUGGUGAGGUAGGCAGGAUACAAGUGAUUCUUAACGAAAUCUAAUCAAUAAAAUGGUCCAUUGGAGGAAGGACUGUUGGCAUAUAUUUGACAUUUGUAUCUUAAAGCAUAGCUAAUUGAGAAAUAAUUAGUUUUAGUUGGAAUAUUUGUGACACUUUGGCCUUGCCCAGGCCUCCCUUUCAGAGGGAUUUUAAACACUAGGCUUUCGAACACUAGCUAACUAUUACUGUAAAUCGCCAUAUUGGCAUUAUUGCAUAAUCGGCAGGAUUUCCCAAAAAUGGCUGAAUCACAAAACUUAACUGUCUGAAAGAACAUGAAUUCUGCGUGCAUUAGUGAACGUAAUUUGCUUGUGUCAAACCAUAUAUGAACACAUGAAACAUUUUGAAAUCUGAGAAACAGCCCUUUCAAAUGAUAUGACAUACAAUAGCACCACAUCAAUCAAAUGGUAAUCAGUCAUGUGAAAAUGUGUAUCUUCUAUGAAAAUCAACACUUUUUGCCCAAAUAACUGCCAUUUACAAACAUUUUCCUAGUGAAGAUAGAAAAAAACCUAGAGCAUAUAGAAUCCUCCUUAUUUUGUAAGGAUUGAAAGUCUGAAAUCAGAAUAUUAAUAUGUUUUACUGUGAAUGAGUUGGGCUACAGCCUUUUUAGUGCAAGGUGGUAUUUUUCUAGAAUUCAAUGGAAUGUUCCGUUAUCAGACACUUUCUUAUCUGGAUAGUAUAUUAAGCACAUGCACCAAAACAUAGAACAAAUGUCAUUUAGUCUUAGCCUACAUAUGAAAAGGAAAGACCUACACGAGUAACAUAAUAUGAAUAAAUCGAAACUUUUAUGGAAAACAAUGUGCAAGUUACAUUUAUAUAUUAUAUACCACAUUCAUUGCCGUGAUAUUGUCAUUAACAUUUUAUUGGAAUUACAAAAUAUAAGAAUAAGGCAUAUAAUAACAAAAAUUGUCUUGUACAACUUGAAUUUCUUCUGUACAUACAUUCCAGUAGGCCUAUAGCCUAAUACAAUAAGAGUCAGAAUGGGAAAAAAUUAAAAGCAUGCAAGGGAGGCAAAUUACCAGUGACAAUCUGAGCCACUGGGUGAAGACCAGGGGUGAAAGGCGACCCAGCAAAAUAAAUAGUCGGGGUCCUCUGUAGCUAAUAAUAAUAAAUAAUAAUAUGCCAUUUAGCAGACGCUUUUAUCCAAAGCGACUUACAGUCAUGCGUGCAUACAUUGUUGUGUAUGGGUGGUCCCGGGGAUCGAACCCACUACCUUGGCGUUACAAGCGCCGUGCUCUACCAGCUGAGCUACAGAGGACCACUCAAUUGGUAGAGCAUGGCGCUUGUAACGCCAGGGUAGUGGGUUCGAUCCCCGGGACCACCCAUACGUAAAAAUGUAUGCACACAUGACUGUAAGUCGCUUUGGAUAAAAGCGUCUGCAAAAUGGCUUAUUAUUAUUAUUAUUAUUAUUAUGUUCUCCCGAGUGGCGCAGUGGUCUAAGGCACUGCAUCGCAGUGCGAGCUGUGCCUCUAGAGAUACUGGUUUGAAUCCAGGCUCUGUCGUAGCCGGCCGCGACCGGGAGACCCAUGGGGCGGCGCACAAUUGGCCCAGCGUCGUCCAGGGAAGGGAAUGGCUGGGCAAUAGGCCUUAAUCUAUGGAUUUCACAUAACUGGGAAUAACGUUACAGAUAUGCAUCUGUUGGUCACAGAUACCUUUAAAAAAAGGUAGGGAUGGGGAUCAGAGAACCAGUCCGUAUCUGGUGUGACCGCCAUUUGCCUCAUUUAGCGUGACACAUCUCCUUCGCAUAGAGUUGAUCAGACUGUUGAUUGUGGCCUGUGGAAUGUUGUCCCACUCCUCUUCAAUGGCUGUGCAAAGUUGCUGGAUAUUGGCGUGAACUGGAACAUGCUGUCGAACCAGAGCAUCCAAAACAUGCUCAAUGGGUGACAUGUCUGAGUAUACAGGCCAUGGAAGAACUGGGACAUUUUCAGCUUCCAAGAAUUGUGUACAGAUCCUUAUCAUGCUGAAACAUGAGGUGAUGGCGGCGGAUGAAUGGCACAACAAUGGGCCUCAGGAUCUUGUCACGGUAUCUCUGUGCAUUCAAAUUGCCAUCGAUAAAAUUCAAUUGUGUUCAUUGUCCGUAGCUUAUGCCUGCCCAUACCAUAACUCCACCGCCACCAUGGGGCACUCUGUUCACUACAUUGACAUCAGCAAACCGCUCGCCCACAUGACACCAUACACACUGUCUGCCAUCUGCCCGAUACAUUUGAAACUGGUAUUCAUCUGUGAAGAGCACACACUUCUCCAACGUGCUAGUGGCCAUCGAAGGUGAGCAUUUGCCUACAGAAGUCGGUUACAACGCCAACCUGCAGUCAGGUCAAGACCCUGGUGAGGGCGACAAGCACGCAGAUGAGCUUCCCUGAGACGGUGUCUGACCGUGUGUGCAGAAAUUCUUCGGAUGUGCAAACCCACAGUUUCAUCAGCUGUCCGGUUGGCUGGUCUCAGACCAUCCAACAGAUGAAGAAGCCGGAUGUGGAGCUCCUGGACUGGCGUGAGUACACUUGGUCUGCGGUUGGUGAGGUCGGUUGGACGUACUGCCAAAUUCUCUAAAACGAUGUUGGAGGCGGCUUAUGGUAGAGAAAUUAACAUUACAUUAUCUGGCAACAGCUCUGGUGGACAUUCCUGCAGUUAACAUUCCAAUUGCACGCUCCCUCAAAACUCGAGACAUCUGUGGCAAAUUUUAGUGGCCAUUUAUUGUCCCCAGCACAAGGUGCACCUGUUUUAAUGAUCAUGCUGUUUAAUCAGCUUCUUGAUAUGCCACACCUGUCAGGUGGAUGGAUUAUCUUGGCAAAGGAGAAAUGCUCACUAUCAGGGAUGUAAAACACAUUUAAAGAAAUAAGCUUUUUGUGCGUAUGGAAAAUUUCUGGGAUCUUUUCAGCUCAUGAGACAUGGGACCAACACUUUACAUGUUGUUUAUUUUUGUUCAGUAUAUUAUAAUUACGAACAUAUAAACACAUUUUAUACUGUUUCUUACCUUUUAAUGUUGUUCUAAUCUCAAUGGCAGCGCUGUCAAAGUUGUGGUGGCAGCAUUCACUUUGUCGUGACUUACUUGAAUGUAUGACUGUUAUUUAUCGAAUCAACUAACUAUGUUUAAUUGUCACUCGAUUUUAAAUUAAUAAUGUAACAAUUAACUCAUUAGGAAUUUGGGGCACCACGGAAGAAGUUGUCUAACGAGUUACCAUCUCCCAAAUUAAAUAUGUGUUAUACACUGCUCAAAAAAAUAAAGGGAACACUUAAACAACACAAUGUAACGCCAAGUCAAUCACACUUCUGUGAAAUCAAACUGUCCACUUAGGAAGCAACACUGAUUGACAAUACAUUUCACAUGCUGUUGUGCAAAUGGAAUAGACAACAGGUGGAAAUUAUAGGCAAUUAGCAAGACACCCCCAAUAAAGGAGUGGUUCUGCAGGUGGUGACCACAGACCACUUCUCAGUUCCUAUGCUUCCUGGCUGAUGUUUUGGUCACUUUUGAAUGCUGGCGGUGCUUUCACUCUAGUGGUAGCAUGAGACGGAGUCUACAACCCACACAAGUGGCUCAGGUAGUGCAGCUCAUCCAGGAUGGCACAUCAAUGCGAGCUGUGGCAAGAAGGUUUGCUGUGUCUGUCAGCGUAGUGUCCAGAGCAUGGAGGCGCUACCAGGAGACAGGCCAGUACAUCAGGAGACGUGGAGGAGGCCGUAGGAGGGCAACAACCCAGCAGCAGGACUGCUACCUCCGCCUUUGUGCAAGGAGGAGCUGGAGGAGCGCUGCCAGAGCCCUGCAAAAUGACCUCCAGCAGGCCACAAAUGUGCAUGUGUCUGCUCAAAUGGUCAGAAACAGACUCUGAGGGCCCGACGUUUGCCAGAGAACACCAAGAUUGGCAAAUUCGCCACUGGCGCCCUGUGCUCUUCACAGAUGAAAGCAGGUUCACAUUGAGCACGUGACAGACGUAACAGAGUCUGGAGACGCCGUGGAGAACGUUCUGCUGCCUGCAACAUCCUCCAGCAUGACCGGUUUGGCGGUGGGUCAGUCAUGGUGUGGGGUGGCAUUUCUUUGGGGGGCCGCACAGCCCUCCAUGUGCUCGCCAGAGGUAGCCUGACUGCCAUUAGGUACCGAGAUGAGAUCCUCAGACCCCUUGUGAGACCAUAUGCUGGUGCGGUUGGCCCUGGGUUCCUGCUAAUGCAAGACAAUGCUAGACUUCAUGUGGCUGGAGUGUGUCAGCAGUUCCUGCAAGAGGAAGGCAUUGAUGCUAUGGACCGCCCGUUCCCCAGACCUGAAUCCAAUUGAGCACAUCUAGGACAUCAUGUCUCGCUCCAUCCACCAAUGCCACGUUGCACGACAGACUGUCCAGGAGUUGGCAGAUGCUUUAGUCCAGGUCUGGGAGGAGAUCCCUCAGGAGACCAUCCGCCACCUCAUCAGGAGCAUGCCCAGGCGUUGUAGGGAGGUCAUACAGGCACGUGGAGGCCACACACACUACUGAGCCUCAUUUUGACUUGUUUUAAGGACAUUACAUCAAAGUUGGAUCAGCCUGUAGUGUGGUUUUCCACUUUAAUUUUGAGGGUGACUCCAAAUCCAGACCUCCAUGGGUUGAUACAUUUGAUUUCCAUUGAUCAUUUGUGUGUGAUUUUGUUGUCAGCACAUUCAACUAUGUAAAGAAAAAAGUAUUUAAUAAGAUUAUUUCAUUCAUUCAGAUCUAGGAUGUGUUAUUUUAGUGUUCCCUUAAUUUUUUUGAGCAGUGUACAUCGAUAAGUCACUUAUUAAAUAAUUACAUCUUAUAAGUCUCAUUCUGAAUGUCGCAUAAUCCUUGAACCUGCAAGAACCCUAACCUUAUUGAUGAAUCAGAAAUACACACAUUGGCUUCAUUAUUUACUAACUAAAUAAUAACAAAUACAAACACACAUGUUAUUGAUUACUAACGUAAUAGAAUGAAAACAGGUCCCUAGUGGACUGGACUAACAAUAGCAUGAAUGCUUGGAAGGGAGAGACAGAGAUUCAAACUAUUGUUGUUACUUUUGUAAACUACGCUCACGGAAAUACAAAUACUUAGCACCCGCUCAAUGGGAUUAGUUGACUUUCCUCGAUAGUUGAGUUGAUGAUGUAGGACUCUGGUUUGCCCACCAGAGAUCCCAAUGUCCUUGGUAGAGUUUUUGGUGGUAGUGGUGGUGAGAAUGGAUACUACAGCGUACCCUGUUGAUCUGUUAGAAUAGGUACUUCAGAUGUACCAGCGGUUGUCGGAGAGGGAUUGUCCUUCCCAACUCGUGUCUUUAGUGAAAGUUCUCUAUACGACUAUACAUGCCAGCUGCAGACUGGUAAUGCUAAGGUCUAGUGAAUUGUCUUCUUCUUCACCUCGUGUAAAGGUUGAGAGUUUCAGAGUUUCACCGCUUUGUAACGUUUAGCUCACGCUUCACGUCUGCUGGUCUGUAGAGUGUCAACCAUUUGCAACAUCCGGCUAACACAGUAAUCUGCUUGGUCUGAGGUGAAUUUCGUCACGAGGGGUUUUAUACUUGAGUAGAAAAAGGGGCGUUUCAUCAUGUUUGUGCUCAUCUGGGCGUGGCCACUGACUGAGAACAAAUCAAUAUGGAAACAGUCAUCUCAUCUAGAAUGCUAAAAUCACAUUGUUAUCUUCACAAAAGUAUUAUUAUACUUAAUCAUUCAUUUUAUACAAUUAGAUGCAACUGAGAAGUGUACACCCCCAGAGAUGCAGUUAUGUUGUUCCACCGUCUUUAUUGACAUCACAACGUAGUAACGGAUUUGACAUGAUUGUUCUUUAAGUCCCCACCGACCAUUUCCCACAUUCAUUUAAGUAGGAAUAUUGUUUCAUUAUCCACUUUUGGAUGUUGGAGUCUUGGCGGGUAGACUUUCUUUGUUCCAAAGGGAAAUUCCCUCUCCCAAUACUGCAUGGCACGGAAAAUAAAGUUUCCGCAAGGAAUUUACAACCGGUCAUAGAACUGGCCCCCAGGAGAUGGGGUGUUCAAACAUUUGCCUAGCCGGCAUCUUUGAUCCUCAGCCCAUGAGGGCAAGUGAUGAAAACAAAAUGCUACUCUUAUUACAGAGCAAGCGGUGAAGCUUCAUAUGACACCUACAGAUGAAACAUUUAUAGCGUCUUAAGGGAUUAUUUCAAAAAUAUGCUUUUAGAUAUAAAUGUCAUAUGUCAACAAUCCUUCCCCCAAAGGGCCAUUCUGUGGAUUCAUUGUUGUGAGAGAAAAAAAAUCUAGGUAUUUUUUUCUGAUUUCGUGAUGAAUUAUCCCUAUAGACCCUACAUUUAGGCCCUGUUGUUCCAAAUUGGGCCUAUCCUAUAUUAUCGUUGAACUCAAAUAUUCAGUUAUUUUACCUAGUCAUAGCCGCUGCCAUUGCCUGUUAGGCUUAUCUAAUUUUGUUUGUACAUUGAUUUGACUAUGGGAAUUUCAAUUUCAUCCCUACAGGCCACUGACAAGGAGAAUCUGAACCUCACUGCCAAUGAUCUCUGGGAUCACACACAUGAUCCUGCUUUGAAGCAGAAAGCACGGAAUCUGCCCCCUGGCUCUGUGGAGCAAAGAAGUCCCCUAAGAGACACCAGCAGCGUCAAUCAGUCCCAUUCCACCAACGUCAGGCCUAUUGAUGCUAAAUUAAGCAACCAGUUUGCAGGGAAGUUCCCAUUCAUUCAGUCUGAAAGCAGCCAAGAGAUGACCAGUCAGACAGAUCAACUGAAUUGUCCACCACCAUCCACCAUGAGUGCCCCCGGGCCAAAUACAGAUGGCCCCUGUAUGUCGCUCCAUAUGGAGACUCUGCCAGACUCUAGUGUUAUAAGUGGAGAAACUUCACCUCUUUCAGACAGCUGUCAUUCAUCUACCCCAUCACAGCACAGUGGUAUCAGUGGGGAGCCCAGAGCCAAGCGGUGGUCCUCUAACCCAACAACCAUGCUCACCCCUAUUUUAAAACACAUCCAUCUGGGAUUCAACGGGCAGAAGUCCUACUCCCCAAUUUUGAGUCCCAUGCAUGCCUCAAAGACCUGGAUGAUUCAAGAUGAAACUUUACCAAACUGCACUGGAGAAAGUUUCUUUGAGGACACUAUAGACUUCUGCGUUUUGCCUGUGGUGGAGCCCACCGUUGGCAGCACAACAAUGGACUUGUCACACACACCUCCAGGGACUCGUGUUUCUAUGGAAGAGAGUUUCAAUACACCAGAGGAUGGACAUAAAGAUUUGCAAAGGGGCUCUAAUUUUAGUCUCAGUUUGCAGGGAAGUCCUGCACCAAACGCUCUCAGGGAGACUAUAUCAAUCAAUGGCUCUAGCUGUUCCAGCGCUUCCCUGGAGGGCACGCAUGACGUAUCUGCAUUAGAGGGCAACAAAGAAAGUCUGCAUUCCUUAGAACAUAAGGUACAGAACCUGACUACCAAGGUUCCUGUGUCUGCUGUUGUCCAAAAUUCAAGUGUUGCCUCUGACUGUCUCACAGAUGCUAAUGUCACCCACGUAAUUUGCCCUGAUGGUGAGGUGCCUGCGUCCUGUACAGUGCCAUUGUCCUCGUCAACAUCUGGUGCUUUGUUUGACUCGGAGUGUGAUGACAAGAUGGUGAACUCUAACAAUGGCACCUUUGAACUUCUGGUUGAACCAACACUGGAGCCCAAAACUGGGACCAACUCCACUAUGGUCCUUCCCGAGCCCAAUGUCACAACUACUGCGCUGGAGUCUGUGGAGAUCAGUAGGCCCCUGAAUGUUACUUUUGAAGCUUGCCCUCCUAUGAAGUUCAAUGCAACCACUGAGCAAGAGACCUGUGAUGGUACCACACAACCUCUGAACAAUACUUUUCAAACUGACCCUUGUUUGAAGCUCAAUGCAACCACUGAGCAAGUGACCAGUGUUGGCAAUGCACACCCUCUGAGCAACAAUUUUCAAACUGACCCCGAACCAACAAAAAGCUCUGAAGUCGAUGUCAGUGAACACACGGUACAAUCCCAACCAGGCCCGUCUGGGAGAGAUCGGUGCUCUGACAGUCUUUGUAAUCAAAGUGUUGAUUUGGAGAACAAAAUAAGUGACACCUUCACCUUGGACAACACCCUUGAGUUGGAUCCCAACUUGCUGGUCACAUCCACUCCCAUGGUUACGUCUAAGGCUUUUAGGAAACCAGAGAGACCCUCGGAUGUGCGGAAAAGGUUAUCUCCGGGCUUCCUGCCAAAACCAGCCAAACCACCAGCUAUCUCUAAACUUGUCACUAAUAGGAAGACGUUCCUUCAGCCCCCGAGUGUCACCUCCAAUCCCAAAUCACUGCUACCCCCACCGAGAUCUGUGUCCCAGCUUCCGUCGCUGACUGGCCUGCCAAAGACCAAGCCAGCCCCUGUGGCUUUAGCCCCCUCGAAGCCAUCCUCCUCUGCCAUACCCAGCACCAGACGAAAAACACUAGCAGAUGCCUCGGGACAUGCUGCAGUCACUGUUUCUCAGCAGGUAGGCUAUUGGGAAUGCUAAGUGUGGUUACAUCUCAACAGGAUAUUAUAUUAAUGUAUUUUUUAAAUGAAUAUUAAGGCGAUAUUUAUCAGUUUGAGAUGAUCCUCUACCAAUCCAUCCACUGUAUUUAGUUAAGAGAUGCAACAUUGAAUCAACAGACUGUACAAAGCUAUUCAGUCAAUGUUUUUUCCUCCAUUUCUCUCCUAGGCCUCAACAGAUAAUACUUCCAGUAGUAGGCGUAGCACAAUUCCAGGUGAGCAGCUGUUCCAGUUCCUUUGAAUCUGUCGGGUAUGUAUGGCUCUGUCUCAAAGUUUAAACCUUUCAUCGUAUCCUAUCCUCUGCAGAUUUCUGAUCUGGCAGGACAUGGCAGGGGAAAGCAAUAUAGUGGAAACUUAUCUUUUCCUUUUACCCCUGUGUUCACAAAGAAAAGGAGAUAAGGAGAAGAAGCCAUUUUAGAGUACUGAGCCUAAAGGGAAUCUCAAUCAUACUUCCCGCAUUCCUUAAAUCCUCUCUCCUCGCCUCCUUCUCAAACGCAUUUGAUGAAAAUGUUCUUGGGGAGGAAAUUAUGCGAAGAAUCAAGAGAUACAAUUAAGAUUGACGUCUUUUGGUAGACCAUCACGCUCUUCCAAAAAAGUUUGGUUGGUGUGUAAAACCGAAGAAUCUAGAUUAGCAAAAAUGGAAAGGUUCCGCAUAAAGCUCACUUAAUUUAAAUAUAUAUAUAUACACACACACAGUGCAUUCGGAAAGUAUUCAGACCCCUUGACUUUUUCAACGUUUUGUUACGUUACAGCCUUAUUCUAAAAUGUACUAAAUUGUUUUUUCCCCCCACACACAAGCAAAAACAGGUUUUUAGAAAUGUUUGUUAAAAAAAUAAAAUAAUGAAAUCACAUUUACACAAGUAUUCAGACCCUUUUCUCAGUACUUUGUUGAAGCACCUUUAGCAGCGAUUACAGCUUUGAGUCUUCUUGGGUAUGACGCUACAAGCUUGGCACACCUGUAUUUGGGGAGUUUCUCCCAUUCUUCUCUGCAGAUCCUCUCAAGCUCUGUCAGGUUGGAUGGGGAGCAUCGCUGCACAGCUAUUUUCAGGUCUCUCCAGAGAUGUUCAAGGCUGGGCUCUGGCUGGGCCAUUCCUGCGUUGUCUUGGCUGUGUGCUUAGGGUUUUUGUCCUAUUGGAAGGUGAACCUUUGCCCCAGUCUGAGGUCUUGAGCGCUCUGGAGCAGGUUUUCAACAAGGAUCUCUGUACUUUGCUCCAUUCAUCUUUCCCUAGAUCCUGACUAGUCUCCCAGUCCAUGCCGCUGAAAAACAUCCCCACAGCAUGAUGCUGCCACCACCACGCUUCACCGUAGGGAUGGUGCCAGGUUUUCUCCAGACGUGACGCUUGGCAUUCAGGCCAAAUAGUUCAAUCUUGGUUUCAUCAGACCAGAGAAUCUUGUUUCUCAUGGUCAGAGUCCUUUAGGUGCCUUUUGGCAAACUCCAAGCACGCUUUCAUGUGCCUUUUUACUGAGGAGUGGCUUCUGUCUGGCCACUCUACCAUAAAGGCCUGAUUGGUGGAGUUCUGCAGAGAUGGUAGGCCUUCUGGAAGGUUCUCCCAUCUCCACAGAGGAACUCGGGAGCUCUGUCAGAGUGACCAUCGAGUUCUUGGUCACCUCCCUGACCAAGGCCCUUCUCCCCCGAUUGCUCAGUUUGGCCGGGCGGCCAGCACUACGAAGAGUCUUAGUGGUUCCAUACUUCUUCCAUUUAAGAAUGAUGGAGGCCACUGUGUUCUUGGGGACCUUAAAUGCUGCAGAAAUGUUUUGGUACCCUUCCCCAGAUCUGUGCCUCGACACAAUCCUGUCUCAGAGCUCUACGGACAAUUCCUUCGAGCUCAUUUCUUGGUUUUUGCUCUGACUUGCCCUGUCAACUGUGGGACCUUAUAUAUCGACAGGUGUGUGCCUUUCCAAAUCAUGUCCAAUCAAUUGAAUUUACCACGGCUGUACUCCAAUCAAGUUGUAGAAACAUCUCAUGGAUGCUCAAUGGAAACAGGAUGCAUCCCGAUCUCAAUUUCGAGUCUCAGAGCAAAGGGUCUGAAUACUUAUGUAAAUAAGGUAUUUUUUACAAGGCUGUAACGUAACAAAAUGUGGAAAUAGGGAAGGGGUCUGAAUACUUUCUGAAUGCACUGUAUUAUUAUUUUUUCACUGCAUCAGGGAUAGUAUGUAUAGACAGAUGUUUCAGCAUAACUGCAGUGUCACUUCUUCCAGUGUCACUUUUUCCCAGUGUCACUUCUUCACGGGGCACCAUAGCCAAGUUAUUGUUACUCAUUGUGUAUUUAUUAUUACUUUUAUUAUUACAUGUUUUACUUUUAUAUACGUUUUCUAUUUUCUUUCUCUCUGCAUUGUUAGGAAGGGCCUGUAAGUAAGCAUUAAACUGUUAGUCUACACCUGUUGUUUACGAAGCAUGUGACAAAUACAAUUCGUUUUGAUUCCCUCAGUCGUUGCCUCUAAUUUACUGUUGAAUUUAUAGCAUCCAAGCUGACAAGCACUGGCCUGAGGAAACCUCAAUUCUCUUGCACUCAGAGAUCCAUACCAAGCCUCAGGACUCCUGCAGUAAGAGCUAUGGCAACACGCUCCACUGAAAACCCCAGCCUCUCUGCAGGUAUGUACAGCAUUGUAUGAAAGAGCUUGAUCCCAUAGCUUCAUGUAUACUGCAUUCGGGAAGUAUUCAGACCCCUUGACUUUUUCCAUAUUUUGUUGCAUUACAGCCUUAUUCUAAAAUUGAUUAAUUUAUUUUUCAACGUACACACAACACAAUACAUAAUGACAAAGCGAAAACAGGUUAAUUUAUUUAAAAUAAACUGAAAUACCUUAUUUAAAUAAGUAUUCAGACCCUUUGCUAUCAGUCUUGAAAUUGAGCUCAGGUGCAUCCUGUUUCCAUUGAUCAUCCUUGAGAUUUUUCUACAACUUGGAGUCCACCUGUGGUAAAUUUAAAUUGAUUGGACAUGAUUUGGAAAGGCACACACCUGUCUAUAUAAGGUCCCACAGUUGACAGGGCAUGUCAGAGCAAAAACCAAACCAUGAGGUCGAAGGAAUUGUCCUUAGAUCUCCAAGACAGGAUUGUGUUGAAACACAGAUCUGGGGAAGGAUACAAAAAAAUGUCUGCAGCAUUGAAGGUCCCCAAGAACACAGUGGCCUCCAUCAUUCUUAAAUGGAAGAAGUUUAGACCACCAAGACUCUUCCUUGAGCUGGCCGCCCGGCCAAACUGAGCAAUCGGAGAAGGGCGGCCUUGGUCAGGGAGGUGACCAAGAACCCAAUGGUCACUCUGACAGAGCUCCAGAGUUUCUCUGUGGAGAUGGGAGAACCUUCCAAUAGGACAACCAUCUCUGCAGCACUCCACCAAUCAGGCCUUUAUGGUAGAGUGGCCAGACAGAAGCCACUCCUUAGUAAAGGCACAUGACAGCCCGCUUGGAGUUUGCCAAAAGGCACCUAAAGGACUCUCAGACCAUGAGAAACAAGAUUUUCUGCUAUGACGAAUCCAAGAUUCAACUCUUUGGCCUAAAUGCCAAGCGUCACGUCUGGAGGAAACCUGGCUCCAUCCCUACGGUGAAGCAUGGUGGUGGCAGCAUCAUGCUGUGGGGAUGAUUUUCAGCAUCAGGGACUGGGAGACUAGUCAGGAUCUAGGGAAAGAUGAACGAAGCAAAAUACAGAGAGAUCCUUGAUGAAAACCUGCUCCAGAGUGCUCAGGACCUCAGACUGGGGGCGAAGGUUCACCUUCCAAUAGGACAAGGACACAGCCAAGACAACGCAGGAGUGGCCCACCCAGAGCCCAGCCUUGAACAUCUCUGGAGAGACCUGAAAAUAGCUGUGCAGCGAUGCUCCCCAUCCAACCUGACAGAGCUUGAGAGGAUAUGCAGAGAAGAAUGGGAGAAACUCCCCAAAUACAGGUGUGCCAAGCUUGUACCGUCAUACCAAAGAAGACUCGAGGCUAUGAUUGCUGCCAAAUGUGCUUCAACAAAGUACUGAGUAGAGGGUCUGAAUACUUAUGUAAAUGUGAUAUUUCAGUUUAUUUAUUUUUAUAAAUUUGCAAACAUUUUGAAAACCUGUUGUUGCUUUGUCAUAAUGGGGUGUUGUGUGUAGAUUGAUGAGGGGACAAAACAAUUUAAUCAAUUUUAGAAUAAGACUAACGUAACUGUGGAAAAAGUCAAGGGGUCUGAAUACUUUACAAAUGUGCUGUAAGUUGCCAUAUGAUCUGUUAAUGGAAGGAUACUGCUUUGUUUUUCUAUCAUGCAUGUCUGAAUUGCAUAGCCUAAACAGUACAUUCAUUACUUUUGAAUAUUCCACCUGUAAGUUUUAACCCAGUUAUUUGUUGCCAACGUUUCCAUAUCAGCCAAAUCGCUGACAAGGUUGUUUUCUGUCAUUACUUUCCAUAAUUUGUUUAACUAAUCUUCAAUUUUAUCACAGGUGUAAAUGGAAGGAGUUUACAAGCACCCAACCAAGGCCAGAAGCACUUGUCAACCAGCAGUGAUGCUUUUCCAGUAGCAAAGAGGAAAAAACAGGGUAAUUAUUAAAGCUAGAUGGAUUUGCAUUGUUUAUAUUGUGUGUGUAUGUUUGUAAAGGAAUAACUGUGAUCACAAGUAGGGCUGUGACGGUCCUGGAAUUUUGAAUGACUGUAAUUGGCCAGCCAAAUGACCGCGGUCACCGUAAUAACCAUUCGUAUAGCAUUUUUUUUUAUAAAUGCACCCUUUCUCCUCUCCUCUGCUUUGUUUCUGACUGCAUGUGCUGCCAUUCAAAUAGAAUGAAUAAAACGGACAUCCCCAUUCAAGUCAAUUGUGGCAUAAUGGGUGGACUGGCGGCCAUUGCGAGUGUACCCAUAGGAGUAAAGCAGGAAGUAAAAUAUGUGCUGUGAUUUGUUGAUUCAACUCAACUGACAUUACAAAAAAUACAUUCCAUUGCAUGAGGUAACAUCAUUUGAAUGAACAUUCUACAUUAUCAUGGAAAUUAUUGCAUCACAAUACCAGGUAGCCAUUGUACCCAUGAGUUUACCAGACAAAUUGCCAGUGUUAGAGGUUCCAAUCCCAUUCUAUUCAUUCUAUUUCAAUGUGUGCUGCUGCUGCAUUGUGGGGGGAGUUGCCUAGGCAACUGAAGACAUGUUUGCUUGUUUCAGCAAGGAGCAACAACGUUUCAUCAUAUUGUUAAGAGUCCAUGUUACGGCAGAAACUGACUCAACCCCACGAAUGCCCAGCCGUCCAGUCUUCAGGCAGCUGUUCUUUCCACACACACCAAAAAUGUUUAACUGUUUUGAUGGUUUUUAUUUUUAUGACUGUCUUCAUCCAUAACUGUUGGUUAUAAGGUAUGUAGUUGUGCCAGCCCUAAUCACAAUUAGAUAUGUAUUUGUUUUUCUUGCAUACAUUAUGUUCAUGCACGUAUCGUUUGUUUCUCGUCACUACAAGGUGGCACUGCAGACUUGUAUUUUGUGUCUGUGGGGACAUACCAAUGUCUUUGGGGACAGUGCCUCAAGCGUCAAGAAAAUGUAUGCUGUCUUUUAACAUGUGCACUUGUUUUCACACUAACCCCGACUGUUGUCUAUACCCCCAGACUGUAGCCUCCUCUAUUGCUAGAACUCGAUACAGCUGGGGCAAUGUGUAUGCAAUAGAAGAAAACACUUGAUAAUGAAUUUCCUAUCUUGACUCUUUCCAUACAUUCAGAUGGCCCAUCUCUGUCUACUAGCAGUGAGGCUCGAACAUGCUCCGCAGAGCCAGCUAGAGGUGCUAGGUGCUUUAAGAAGCCUGCAGCCAACUUGAAGACUGUACCAGCAAAGAAACUGAUCCCUGGUGAGUUAGUGCUCUACUCUACACAACAGAGAACCAUGGCAACAUUCCAAUUCUCUAUCCUCCCCCUCAUGGAUUCAAAAGAAAUAUGGCGGAAACACCCUCCAGCCAUGCUUGCACGAAUCCAAUGCUUUUAACACUAGCAUCGCCGGGCCUCAGCACGUACUAGUGGCCGCCGAUGCGUGCCUUUGGAACAUCUACAUUUUAAACAGUCUAAUAAAUCCAUGUAAUAUACACUAUCACAAAUAAAUCCUUUAUUUUGUUGAGAUGGGUCUUAAGAAACAUUACGAUACAAAAAAAAUAUUUAAAAGAAACAGAAUAGCAUAUUUUGAGUUUAACCCCUAGAGUUGUCCUCCCCCGCUAAAAUGAAAUUAGCAUAAUAACAAUUACAAAAGAUCUGCCAGUUUAAGCUAGUGAUAUCUGUUUUAUGCAUUGAUGCGUCUCAAUCCAACUCAUCCGCCGAUGUCGCAAUUCUGCAUCUGCGGCGAAAGGUUGACAGCGAGAGCGGUGUUUGUCAGACCGUGAGACAUCCCGAAAAAAUAGGUCUUCUCACAAAAUCGUCUGUAGUGUCCGAACGGUUUGGCCUACAAAACUAUACUAUACCUCACGAAUGCGAUGUUGUUCUACAACCCCACAAGCGUCUUGGGACUCGUCUGAAGUCUGUACAGCUGAUCUGCCAACUUCUGUCUGUAGCGUCCAAACAGUUUGGGCUACACACUAAUAUGACCCCUUUGUUGAAAGUUGAGACUCUCACGAACACGUACAUGUGAGGCCUGUGGGCGUCCUAGAGCAAAACAAGACUUCUCUGAUGGUCCCCCGGUACCAGUUGAAAAAAUGAAUGGAAGUGUAUAUACAGUGCAUUCUGAAAGUAUACAGCCUUAUUCUAAAAUGUAUUAAAUAGUUUUUUUCCACAUCAAUCUACUCAAAAUACCCCAUAAUGCCAAAGCAAAAACAGGUUUUUAGAGCUUUGUUGAAGCACCUAUAGCAGCAAUUUAAAGCUUUGAGUCUUCUUGGGUAUGACGCUACAAGCUUGGCAAACCUGUAUUUGGGGAGUUUCUCCCAUUCUUCUCUGCAGAUCCUCUCAAGCUCUUGUCAGGUUGGAUGGGGAGCAUCGCUGCACAGCUAUUUUCAGGUCUCUCCAGAGAUGUUCGAUUGUGUUCAAGUCCGGGCUCUGGCUGGGCCAUUCAAGGACAUUCAGAGACUUGUCCUGAAGCCACUCCUGCGUUGUCUUGGCUAUGUGCUUAGGGUCAUUGUCCUGUUGGAAGGUGAACCUUCGCUCCAGUCUGAGGUCCUGAGCACUCUGGAGAAGGUUUUCAUCAAGGUUCUCUCUGUACUUUUCACCGUUCAUCUUUCCCUCGAUCCUGACUAUUCUCCCAGUCCCUGCCGCUGAAAAACAUCCCUACAGCAUAUUGCUGCCACCACCAUGCUUCACCGUAGGGAUGGUGCCAGGUUUCCUUCAGACGUGACGCUUGGCAUUCAGGCCAAAGAGUUCAAUCUUGGUUUCAUCAGACCAGAGAAUCUUGUUUCUCAUGGUCUCCGAGUCCUUUGUGUCUUUUGGCAAACUCCAAGCGCGCGCUGUCAUGUGCCUUUUUACUGAGUGGCUUCCGUCUGGCCACUCUACCAUAAAGGGCUGAUUGGUGGAGUGCUGCAGCAAUGGUUGUUCUUCUGGAAGGUUCUCCCAUCUCAAUAGAGGAACUCUGGAGCUUUGUCAGAGUGACCAUCGGGCCCUUCACCCCCGAUUGCUCAGUUUGGCCGGGUGGCCUGCUCUUGGUGGUUCAAAACUUCUUCCAUUUAAAAAUGAUGAAGGCCAAUGUGUUCUUGGGGACCUUCAGUGCUGCAAACAUUGCAGUGACACAUCCAUAACCUGAGCGGAAACCAGAUAGCAUACCAGAGAGAAUACUACAGACAUCAAGAAAGCCAGUCAGUUGAUUAUUGACAAGUUUUUCCAACACUUUUGAUAAACAGGGCAAAAUAGAAAUUGGCCUAUAACAGUUAGGAUCAGCUUGAUCUCCCCCUUUAAAUAAAGGACGCACCGUGGCUGCCUUCCAAGCAAUGGGAACCCCCCCAGAGAGGAGAGACAGGUUAAAAAGGUCAGCUAAGCUCGACGCUGAUAGGGGCUACAACCUUAAAGAAGAAAGGAUCUAAACCAUCUGACCCAGAUGUUUUUUUGGGGUGAAGUUUAAGGAGCUCCUUCAGCACCUCAGACUCAGUGACCGCCUGCAGGGAGAAACUUUGUAGCGGGGCAGGGGAAAAAGAGGAAGGAGCAUCGGGGCUAGACCCAUUAGAAUGGCUGGAAGAUGAGGAAAUGUUGGACGGGCAAGGAGGCAUGGCUGAGUCAAAUAGGAAUCCUGACUUAAUGAAGUGGUGAUUAAAGAGCUCAGCCAUGCGUUCCUUGUCAGUAACAACCACAUCAACAUUAAGGGCCAUGGGCAGCUGUGAGGAGGAGGGUUCUCCAGGUCUUUAACCGUUUUCCAGAACUUCUUGGGGUUAGACCCACAGAGUGAGAACUGCUCCAUAAAGUAACUAACUUUAGCCUUCCGGAUAGCCUGAGUGCACUUAUUUCUCAUUUGCCUGAACGAGAGCCAGUCAGCCUGAGUAUGCAUGUGCCGAGCCUUUCGCCAAAUGGAAUUCUUGAGGUGGAGUAACUCUGCCAGAACACGGUCAAACCAGGGGCUGAAUCUGUUUUUUAAUUGUCAUUUGGUUUAUGUGGUUGUGUUUGUUAACAAUACCACUGAAAAUAUCAAAAAAGGUCCAAGCGUCUUCAACAGAGGGGAUCAAGCUGAUUCUAUACCAAUUUACAGAGGCUAGGUCAUGAAGGAAGGCUUGCUCAUUAAAAAAUUUUAGCAAGCGCCUAUGACAAAUCAGGACAGGUUGUUUAACUGAGCAGCCAUUACGAACACAGGCUGUAAAACAGUGAUCACUAAGGUCAUUACAGAAAACACCAGACUGAUACUUAUCAGGAUUAUUUGUGAGGAUAACUUCAAGGAGAGUAGCCUUUUCUUGGUGUUUGGAGUCAUACCUUGUGGGAUUGGUAAUAAUCUGAGAAAGAUUUAGGGAGUCCCAUUGCUUUAGGACUUGAUCAGGUGGUUUAAGCAUGUCCCAGUUUAGGUCCCCUAGCAGGAUAGGCUGUGGUGUCAUGCAAGGCUCUUUGUCAAUUGUUGUCUCCUCACCUCUCCAUCAGCACUGAUCUGAAAGAACUGACCAGUUGAAAAGCAGCCUAAUUAUGAUCCUUCACCAUAUUGUUUUUAUCCAGUGCAGAUGAAGGGAAGAAAACGAGGAGAGGACAUAUUUUUUUUAAAUAAAAUGUUCUGAAAAUGGAGAUAUCAUAGAACACCAAAAAGUAAACAUUGCUGGUGACACCUUGCCAUUUAUGAUAGCGUCACGUUGGCUAGCAAAAGAUUUGCGGGGGCUAAUUAACGUUAGCUAAGUGAAAUUGUUUUUCCCCACAGUUAGCCAAGAUGAUUAGCUAAUCAGCUAAAAUGGUUAACAGUUAGCAAUCACAUCUACACUAUUUUGCUAGAUACAGUAGCGCAGCCGUGUCAAUAACAUGUCUCCAAAAAUGACGUGGUGUCUCCAGUUGUUUACAUUUAGCAAAUGUGACGCACCUUCCAUAUUCACUUUCCAUGCACUUUUAUUGAGAGAGCUCAUUUGAAACACAUUGGUUGUUGGGUUUUAGCUUGUCCCCUGUUGGUACUGGUCCCUCAGUGUCACUCUACCUGUCUUAAACCACAGAUGGGAAGACUAGGUUUAUUCCCAAAAAGACAUCAAUGCACUUUGUAACCACUAGUCAAGUAGUCACAGAAUGAUCAAUCCUUCUUGAUUUUCAUGCAGGGUGUGCAAACUGUGUGCUACUUCAGCAAGAACUGGAGACGUGUCGUCAAGAAAAUGAGAGACUGCAAACAGGUAUUAUUCAAAUUGAACAUUUCUGUCAUGUUUUUUUGGGGGGGGUACUGCCAAAAGUUGAAUGGCCCGGUUACCGCCAUAUAUGGUCAGCAUGGCGUGAAAUGGAACUGUUAAAUUAUAUAUGCAAUGUCUAAAUAUGGCUUCUCUACGGCCUCAGCAUGAUGAAUCAACGCUCAGGGUGGGGACAAACAGCCCAUCUCAGUAUGGAGCACAGUUCAUCAUGGGAAGAGUUUUAAACAGGCCAUCACUCGAUUAUCGUUGCUUUAAAUCAGUGCACGCGCAAGCACUCUCUCGCAGUCUCCAUCAACUCCAUUCAAAUUGCAUCCAAAAUAGAUAAUCCUGUUCUAGAUUGAUAUACAGUGCAUUCGCAAAGUAUUCAGACCCCAUGACUUUUUCCACAUUUUGUUACAGUACAGCCUUAUUCUGAAAUGGAUUCAAUAGUUUUUUUCCUCGUCAGCUUCCCACACAAUACCCCAUAAUGAUAAAGCAAUACUAGGUUUUUUGAAUUUUUAGCAAAUUUUAUUUGAAAUAUCACAUCUACAUAUGUAUUCAGACCCUUUUACUCAGUACAUUGUUGAAGCACCUUUGGCAGUGAUUACAGCCUUGAGUCUUCUUGGGUAUGACGCUACAAGCUUGGCACACCUGUAUUUGGGGAGAUUCUUCUCUGCAGAUCUAAAUUCCCCCCAGCCUUCAGAUGUGAGCUAAACAGUGCACUUGCACUUGAGAUGCGUUUUAAGGCUAUGGAUGCAAAAGUGAAUUUAUCAUUUCCAAACGUUUAGGCCAGCUGCUUUGCGAUCUAUUAACAGCAAGGGUUACAUUAUACAGUGAGGGGAAAAAAGUAUUUGAUCCCCUGCUGAUUUUUGUUUGCCCACUGACAAAGACAUGAUCAGUCUAUAAUUUUAAUGGUAGGUUUAUUUGAACAGUGAGAGACAGAAUAACAACAAAAACAUCCAGAAAAACACAUGUCAAAAAUGUUAUAAAUUGAUUUGAAUUUUAAUGAGGGAAAUAAGUAUUUGACCCCUCUGCAAAACAUGACUUAAUACUUGGUGGCAAAACCCUUUUUGGCAAUCACAGAGGUCAGAUGUUUCUUGUAGUUGGCCACCAGGUUUGCACACAUCUCAGGAGGGAUUUUGUUCCACUCCUCUUUGCAGAUCUUCUCCAAGUCAUUAAAGUUUCGAGGCUGACGUUUGGCAACUCGAACCUUCAGCUCCCUCCACAGAUUUUCUAUGGGAUUAAGGUCUGGAGACUGGCUAGGCCACUCCAGGACCUUAAUGUGCUUCUUCUUGAGCCACUCCUUUGUUGCCUUGGCCGUGUGUUUUGGGUCAUUGUCAUGCUGGAAUACCCAUCCACGACCCAUUUUCAAUGCCCUUGCUGAGGGAAGGAGGUUCUCACCCAAGAUUUGACGGUACAUGGCCCCGUCCAUCGUCCCUUUGAUGCGGUGAAGUUGUCCUGUCCCCUUAGCAGAAAAACACCCCCAAAGCAUAAUGUUUCCACCUCCAUAUUUGACGGUGGGGAUGGUGUUCUUGGGGUCAUAGGCAGCAUUCCUCCUCCUCCAAACAUGGCGAGUUGAGUUGAUGCCAAAGAGUUCGAUUUUGGUCUCAUCUGACCACAACACUUUCACCCAGAUGUUCAUUGGCAAACUUCAGACGGGCCUGUAAAUGUGCUUUCUUGAGCAGGGGGACCUUGCGGGCGCUGCAGGAUUUCAGUCCUUCACGGCGUAGUGUGUUACCAAUUGUUUUCUUAGUGACUAUGGUCCCAGCUGCCUUGAUCAUUGACAAGAUCCUCCCGUGUAGUUCUGGGCUGAUUCCUCACCGUUCUCAUGAUCAUUGCAACUCCACGAGGUGAGAUCUUGCAUGGAGCCCCAGGCCGAGGGAGAUUGACAGUUCUUUUGUGUUUCUUCCAUUUGGUUUUGUAGCCCAUUCCAGCCUUGUAUAGGUCUACAAUCUUGUCUCUGACAUCCUUGGAGAGAUCUUUGGUCUUGGCCAUGGUGGAGAGUUUGGAAUCGAUUGAUUGAUUGAUUGAUUGCUUCUGUGGACAGGUGUCUUUUAUACAGGUAACAAGCUGAGAUUAGGAGCACUCCCUUUAAGAGUGUGCUCCUAAUCUCAGCUCGUUACCUGUAUAAAAGACACCUGGGAGCCAGAAAUCAUUCUGAUUUGAGAGGGGGUCAAAUACGUAUUUCCCUCAUUAAAAUGCAAAUCAAUUUAUACAAUUUUUGACAUGCGUUUUUUGUUGUUGUUAUUCGGUCUCUCACUGUUCAAAUAAACCUACCAUUAAAAUUAUAGACUGAUCAUUUCUUUGUCAGUGGGUAAACGUACAAAAUCAGCAGGGGAUCAAAUACUUUUUUCCCUCUUUGUAUAGGAACAAUAUUCUUUACUGAUUCAUUUGGCAAUAUUCAUAUGAACAAAAGUAUUCACUGUGAAAGUUGAUACAUGUAGGCCCUUCAUAUAUAGGCUAUGCGUAGCACUUUGUUCAAUUUAUCGAAUCCGUUAUUGUUUUCUUGCUCAAACCGUGAGCAACACCUGUCAAACACGGGACUAGUUUUAUCAGAGGACCUUGGAGUUCGCCAAAAAACAGUAGGUUAUUCUGGCUGGAAUUGCUACUCUCUUGCCAUGUUCAAAUUACUGACGCGGCAGAUUCAGACGGGACUAAAAUUACAGAUAUGGUGUUUUGUGCUUGUGCACAUAAUUACAUUACCCGACCACCCCCAGUAAAACUAAUCCUGUCCGAAUAGGGUUUAAGGUAAGGGCUGUUUCCUCGUCUCUGCUGCUGCUGUCUCCGCCGCAUUGUUCUCAAUCCCAAUAUGCUGGUUAAUUUUGAUAUUAUGCACAUAGCAACAUAGGGAAAGGCGCCAAUUCUACGGCGCGCUGAAGAUUGUUUCAGAACCACGGACAGCGACCAUAUCCAACGCGGGAGAAAGCGCAUGUUAUAAAAUAAUAUUAUAUUUAUUAGCGUUAAUAAUAUAACCAUAUACAAUUUCAUUAUCACAUGUCUUAGAGUGAUGGACUGUGCCAUCCCUGUGGCCUCCGCAAUGGUUUAGUCCACUGAGACAGGCAUGAAUCAGACAGGUGUCUUGUGCACCAUGAAAAAAUAAAUACAUGUGCGACUGCUCCACUAAAGAAAUCUUGGUCGACCAACAGCCUAUUGACCAAACAAUCGACCAGUCGACUAAAUAUGAUCAGCCCUAGUUUAAUUUAAUUUAUAAUAGUCUUCAUAUCUCAAAAUCAAUGUCAUGUGGUUAAUCAAAAUUCUAUCUAAAUGAAAAUGAUACAAAUCUAAAAGUAACUGCUAUUGCCUUUGCCAACUAUGUAAAAAUAGCCUACGUAAAGCCAACAAAUAAAAACAUUGCAGCCUGCAGGUAGAAAAUAUCCUGAUAAAAAUAAAUAUCCUAUAAAUCAAAUUGGCUAUGCAUGGCCUGUCUGCAAGGAACUUUAAACAUUGUACCAACUAUUAAACUUGGUCAGGCCCGAAGCUCAUUCUAGCAAACUUGCAACAUUGUAUAAAAUAUUCUGUCCACUCAGUUUCCUGCGCCAGUGAGCUCCAGACAGACACAGCUGUGGGCUAUUUGCGCAAAGGCUAUUUGCUCAAUGGAUAAAAAGUAAGAAUGUAGGCCUUUUUUAUGACGUUUCCACUGGAUCAGAGCAUGACAUAUUCCCCCCCCCCCCCCUUUCAUGCUGAUUGGUUAUUGAAAGGGAGAGAGCUGGAAAGAUUUUUCAAAUAGGUUACUUUGAGGAACUAUUGUCAUUCUCAAUGGAUGUAAAAACAAACUGCGUUUUACUUGCUGUUUGAGGCAAAGAAAAAAUUACUUUGAGAAGCUCCACAGUAAUGGUGAGUUAAGACAAUCAGAAAUAGUAUCACAUCCCCAAAUGGGCACAUUUAUAAGCCUACAUUUGUGCGCAUGCCAGGUAGCCUAGGCCUAGUUCUAUGUGUAAUCAGGUGCGUGUCCUUGCUCAAGAUUGACAGGAGCUCUCCAAACAAAAGACAAUGAAUAAAUUGACAACUCGUAAAUGGAAUGAAAUAAACACUUGAUUCUCACAAAUGUAGCCUAGGUUGGGCUUAAACAGUGUGUCCACUCCUACAAUGACAACUGUAAGACUGUAAUAAUAUGAUUGAAUGCGUUAACAGAAAUGACCGUAACCAAACAAACAUUGUAGAUGAGAAAUUAUGGGAAUUAACGAUAAAUGUACUACUGGUGAUACUGGUGUGACAUCCCCUAGGCCUCCGCAAUGGAUUAGUCCACUCAGACAGUCGUGAAUCAGACGGGUGUCUCGUGUGGCGUAACAUUUUGUAAAAAAUAUUUGCAACUGCUCUACUAAAAAAAAUAUUGGUCGACCAACAGACUAUCGACCAAACAAUCGACCAGUCGACUAAAUGGGGUCUGCCCUAAAUGAAAGUAAUCCGUUGCCGGAUGAAUGACAACGGAAAUGAUUGUCUGUCAAACGAAAACCACAAUGUGUACGCCUUUUGUAUGCAACUCGAGUAAGGGUACAGCCACACUGAGACACAUGAACACAGAUGAAAUUGUAUAUGACGUACAAAACGGUCAGUUUUUGUCCAUCAAAAGUACAACUCAAAUCAACUGUUUUCAGACGAGUUCAUCAAAAAGUUGCACCCAUCAAAAGACGGACCGUUUGUGAUUUUUUUAUUUAAUUUUUUUGUUGGGGGGGGGGGCAGACAAUCAUCUCCGUUGUCAUUCAUCCAGGAACAGAUGACUCCCAUUGAAAAAGCAUUUGCUCCAUCCGAAAUACUUGGACACGAAAUCCCAAUAAAUCUAUGACGGACAAUGAUGUACAUCAUAUAUAUACGAUUUUAAUCCGUGUUCAUGUGUCUCAGUGUGGACAUACCCUUAGAGGUAAACCAAUACAAAUCUGGAUUCUCAAACAGAUUAUUUGGAACUAAAAUUGCUAACUAGUAUGUCCUCCUCCAGACUAAAUGGAAUUGUAGUCCUGCAAGUCAGGAUGUGGAGCAAGUGUUUUGAUGUCACAUUGCUAAUGGCUAUAAAUUGUAUUGAAGUCCCCUUUCAGGUAAUUUAAUCUAACUUUUUCAAUUUUGACUGAAAUUUCUUCCAGAGCUACGUAAUCGUGACGGGAUGGAUUUGUAAACGAAGACACAAAUGGAAUGGAUUGGAUUGCACAGAUGCAUGGAAUAAGUAACUGAUUUUAAUAUGAAAAAUUGUGGAG